CCCAAAGAAGAAGAAGACAAUGAGCGCUGUAGCCAGUGGUAAAGAGGUCGGAUAGACUGUCCUGUCCUAAAUACGUUUGGGAGAGAGACCGAAGCUGCAUAAUGCUGAUGAAAUAAGGACGGGUGCUUUACUGAUCCAUCAUAACAUGGUCUGAUGGGAUGGCUUCUAAGCUAUUGGACAGACUGCGACGGACACUGUUCAAAGAAGGAGAAGUAGUCUCUAGGGAGCCAAUUGAUGUACAAGAGGACAGCUUCCCAGAGAGUUCUGAGUUAGAGGACGAUACAGAGUGUCUAUCAGAGCGGCUUGGGGGAACACUCCGCUUCGAUGUGGAGAGCGCCAUGGAAUCAGAAGACCCAGGUGAGGCCUCAGGACCAGACAGUGAUUCGGACUUCCUUGGAGAGUCCGUAGAGGAUGGAUUCAGCAGCACAGACACCAGCCCAGUGGGCCCAUCUCCAGGAGGCUCAUCCCUGCUCACACAUCAGCUGCAGGAGAGCUGGAGGAGCUGGAGGAGCCGUAGUGUGCCUGACAAGCUGGUGUUUGAAGUGACUGAUGCCAGUGUGGUGCAAGAGAGCUCCUCCAAGUAUGUGCUCUACACCAUCCAUGUGAUCCAGUCUGGGAUGUUUGACAAAACCCCCGCCGUCAUCACCCGGCGAUACACCGACUUCGAGCGUCUGCACAGCCGACUUCGUCGUUGUCACAGGGUCGACAUGGAGCGCGUCUGUUUCCCCCGCAAGAAGCUGCGUAAGAACUUUGUGGCCGAGACCAUCGCCAAGCGUAGCCGGGCGUUUGAGCAGUACCUGACCCACAUGCACUCGCUGGCUGAGCUACGGAGCUCGGCCACCUUCCUGGAGUUCUUCUACCUGGGUGACCUGCAGGCUGGUCAGAUGCUGAUGCGUAUGGGCCGUUACCAGGAGGGCCUGGGCCCUCUGCUCAACGGCCUGAGGCUCCAGGAGAAGCUAGGCUGUGAGCAGCAGGGGAAGCAGCAGCCUCACCACCAGCAGCGCACUCACUGGCUCUUCACCCUGCUGGCCCUGGUGACCUGCUUCCAGGAGCUGGAGCAACUGGGGGAGGCCCAGGAGUACUGUGAUCGAGCCUUGAAGGACCUGGCCCCCUCACCGGAGGCCCUGCAGCAGCACCACUUUCACCCACUGCUCAUCCCGCUCCUCCAGGCAAACGUCAGACUGUCGUGGAAGAUCUCCAAGGAUAAGCGGCGGUGGGAGGUGCUGCUGCAGGAGAUCCAGGACUCUGGGGCUGAUGUAGGGAACCAGCCCAGCCUGAAGGAGUACCUGAUAAAGGAAGCCCUGGUGGAGAGCGAGGGAGACACUAAGGCCAAGGUCAAAGGGGACAACAUCACUUAAUCCAAAGAUAAUGGUACUCAUAGUUAGUUAUGAGGAAUGCACUUCAUGUAGCCUAUCCUAGUAAUGAGGGCGUUGGUCUCUUUUGACAUGUAUUUCUCCACAGCACUCUAGAGCAGUCUGGAUUGUUACUGACGUUCUAAUUAAUACACUCAACUGACCAAGUCAUGCACAAUAAGUAGAAAACAAUCAAGUAUUUACUUUGCUUUACCUUGUAAAUUGAAAACACUAAAGUUAUUUUGAUCAUCAUUAUAUUUAUGAUACAGCUGCUUUGUAGCAAAUACAAAUAUUUUUAUUAAACUUAUUUUCCCAGGUCAAUAUUUCAAGUAUUGCUGCUUUUAAAACCUUUUUUAUUUCUUACCUUUUUAAUUAAUAACUUUUAGGAUGAUAAAAGGAUCGAACAGUUAAUUUUGAUAAGGGAACAGGAAUUUAAGGCAAAUCUUCCACUAACUAUGUACACGCAAUAGUGAAAGCAAGACAGAGUAGUUAAAUCAUUUUCUACCUGUUACAGGUGGAUAUUAUUUGCUUGUUUACACAUUAAAGAAUGAAGGGAAAACAAAUGUCAACAAAGCACUCCUACUCGUUAAAUCGGGAAAUUCAAUACCUUUCGGCAAGGAAUUGGGGUAAUUCCUAAUAGCCCAGAUUAUUCAGAGAAUGUUUUUAUUGAUAUAGUAUUAUGCUUCAUGAGUAUGCAGCCUCUGUACUUUUAUUAGAUUUUAGUCACUUUGUCAGUAUAGAUUUGCAUGAGGGAAAAGCAUGCUAGUCUACGGUGAGUUCCAAAUCUCCGAUUAGAGCCGAAUCGGAACGCACCGCUGGAAUUGUGUGUGAGUGAAUGUUUUAGACUAAAAGGUAUGACUUAUUUUUGCCUUACUUUUGUAACUAAAAUAGGUCCUGUAUCACUAAGGCCAUUAUUACAGAGUACAACUACAAUAAUCCUGUGAAAGUGCAAAAAAGGUACCUCCCUACUCUGCGAAAGAACAGGCUAGUAGUCUUCAUACUUUAAUUACUUGAGUGUCAAAAUUCCAAACAAACUUAACAUAAUCUAGGCUAUUGACAAAAUAAUUAAAAUACUAAGCACUUGGAACAAUGCUUUCUCUGAAAGUGCCUGCCUUUUUACCUUUAUAUAUUAUGAACUCUAGCCUUAACUCUGUUUAUACUUAACAAAAUCAUAUUUUCAGAAAGUACUUCCUCAGUUAUGUCCUUUGUCUAUGUAUUAACUUGUUUUCUAAAAUGAUUGGAAUGUAUUUUGUUGAAUAAAUCUAUCCUAAAAAUGUA